AUGGCGACUAAUACUCCUAGCGCCAGUAAUCUAAAUUUGUUUGUCGAAGACGUUUUGUCAAACGGGAAAGCAAAAUACCUAAAAGAUUUACCAAUAGGAAGUCCGAAAUAUAUGGAAUCUUCGAGAAUGUUCGACAAUCUGUUAAAGAUAGCAGGUGGCCUUUGCAAAGAAGUGAUUGCCGAGGACGAAUUCGAAAAAUUGGAGCAUCACAUUGUGGAAAUACACCCGUUUGCCGUUCUUGAAAUAUCGAUUUGGCAUUGCCAAAUUACGAGAAGGCCGAAAAAGAAAGCCCUUGUCCAAACUGGGUGGAAAAUAAUUCUUGUAAGAGAUUUACCGUGUAAAAUUUUUGAACAUAUUGUGCGCAUAUUAUGCACAGCAAAUACUUGCUUUGCGACCAAAACAACUCGAACAACAGUGGAACAUGUCGUUGAAUUUACCGACGUGAGGAAGCUUAUGUAUAUAUUUAAACAAGCUGCUGGUAUCCACAAGGAUUUGAGGAAAACCUUUGCCCACUUGGGGGUAGCUAAAGCCAUUAAUUGUAUCUCAAGAAAAGCCAUUCAAACUUUCAUACAAGGUGAAAAAUGA